UUUGGCCCUCACCAGUAGGAUGGUAGAUAAGCUGUGGUUCCGUACUAGUUAGUGUAAUAUUAAGCAAAAUGAUCCGUCGAAGUGUAACUCUGACAGUCCUUGGUGCCAUCUUGUUAGGAACAACGGAAGCCCUCAACUGCUAUUCUUGCAGUGGAAGUGAUUGUAUAAAUAGUGCCACCAUCGGUCAGCAGAUUCUUUGCAACGGAGUGUCGGAAAAGUGCUACACCAAGUUUAGUGGAUAUGUUCCCACCCAGCGAGGAUGUUGGUCGUCACUGGCCCAGACCGAGCAAAAUGCGUGUCCCGGAAAUGAUUGUGAAGUUUGCACCGAAGAUUCUUGCAAUCUGAUGAGCCGCUCGACCCAUAAGUGUACCGUGUGCUCCUCGGUGCUUAAUGAGAAGUGUGUCAGUGAUCCUUCCAGUUUGACCGCGGCACAGUGCGGAGCGGCCACACUGGACGUUACCGACAGUCAGUGCUAUUCGAGAGUUAUCGGCAGCGUUACGGAACGCGGUUGCGUCCAAUCGCAGUCCGACCUGGACAUCUGCGAUGGAUCGCUCUGCAAAACAUGUACGGGCGAGAACUGCAACAAUGGCGUAUAUCCAGCCGACAGACAAAAGUGUGUCAAGUGCACUGGAGCUGCGUGCAAUGCAGCGACAGACACCGGCUACUGUGACAAUCCGUCCGAGAGCUGUGUGAGCGUCCGACGUAGUGAUGGAACCGUUGCGAAAAACUGCGAGAGUUCGUUAGCUGAAACGGAUAAAUCUAUUUGCCAGACGAAUUCUGCCAGCUGCUCAUAUUGUGUCAACAAUGAAUGCAACAAGGGCACGGUCGAUUUCAGCGCCAGUCGUCGGUGUUACACUUGUCAAGGAACGGAUUGCCUCCGGUCGUCUGUGGAAAUCAAAGCUUGCCAGAAUGUUGACGAUGUUUGCUUCAGUUUAUUUGAUGGAUUCAAUCCGGUACGGCGAGGCUGCAAAGCAGAGCUCAGCAGUCAGGAUAAGGACGUCUGCGAUGACGCGGACGAUGUCAGCUGUGAGCUGUGCCUCACUGAUGGAUGCAAUCUGAACAGCCGACAGGAUCACCAGUGCCACUAUUGUUCAUCGGUUAUCAACGGUCAGUGCAUUACCAAUCCGAACUCUGUCGUGCGUUGUCCAGCACCGACCACCGAAGUUAGCGAAGAAGCCCAAUGUUACACGAGAGUCAUCGGAAUGGUUACCGAGCGAGGUUGUCUUGGGACACCUGCAGCCGACAUUGAGUGCAAAUCUUCCGAAAACUGCCAGAUGUGUGCUAUCGAAGAUGGGGCAGCCUGUAAUACGGGAAUAUUUCCGGCAGAUCGCAUCAAGUGUGUAGUUAACACAGCUUCGGACCAAUAUUGUCCGAAUCCCCAUGACAGUUGUGUGCAAAUUAUGCAGGGCAUCACUCGAAGCAAAAAGUGCCAGUCGUCAAUGACUGAUGCCGAAGUGUCCUUCUGUCAGGCAAACAGCAACAAGUGUGACUUCUGUACCGGCAAUAACUGCAACGCACAGGAUAAAACAUUCAACUAUCUCGAGUGUGUAUCGUGUACUUCUAGUAACGAUCCUGGUUGUAUAGGCAAUGCUUUGGCAAUCUCCAGUGUGGUACAAUGUACCACCUGUGUGACGAUCUACAGUUCUGCAGUCGUUCGACGCGGAUGCCUAUCUUCCCUGACAACGCAAGAACAACAGCAAUGUUCGACUCAAUCUUCAACGUGUAGCACCUGUAGCACCAAUCGGUGCAACACGGCUGUUCAUCCUGCCGAUCGUCUCGCCUGCUACACCUGUCAGGAAGGUUCCUGUUUUUCCCACGAUUCAAUCAAACUGGAGUACUGUCCAACCUACCAACAAGGUGAUAGUUGUAUGAUUCAAAUGGAUUCUUCCGGGAAACUGGUUCGCUUGGGAUGUAAAAGCGCACUUAGCUCUACUCAGGCUGCGACUUGCAAUGCAAACGCUGAUCUCUGCAAGACGUGUACCAGAGCAGGAUGCAACCAACCUUCUAAAUAUUUACCCAGAAGCAGUUGUGUACAAUGCAGUAGCGCACAUGAUCCGGACUGCAUCGGUAAAGCAUCCAAACUGGAUGCCGAACCUUGCAGUGAUCCAUUGAACACCCAAUGUUAUUCAAGACUUCUUACAAGCUCUGUAACUGAACGAGGAUGCGUCAAUGAUCUGGACUCUGCAGCCCUGGCGCUAUGCGCACGAGGCACUGACUGCAGCUUGUGUUCCUCACCCACCGGCAAAUGCAACUCUUUGGAAUAUCCCGAUGGUUGGAGAAGAUGUUUUCAGUGUGACUCGACGCAGGAUUCGGCCUGUAAAAAUGCCCAAACCGGUACGGCCCCUUACUGCGCUACCUACAGCAGUAGCGAUCAGUGCUACACGAUCGUACAACAGGAUGGACGCACAAUACGGAAAUGCUCUCCCACUAACCCUGCCGAGUGCGCUGGUUCUUCGCGGUGUGAAGUGUGCCUGUUCAACGAGUGUAACAAUCGAAUUUCUACGGACAUCACACCCACGGUAAGCACAACGAUGCAACCACCGACAUCGACUCGUAAGCCUAAUCCAGCCAGCCGACCAGGUAACUCACUGCUUGCAGUUCUACUCUCGUUUACGGUUGCAUUUUGUGUGAGACGAACUUCGUUCGUUAGUUAAAAUGAUUCAAAAAUAAAUGCGCCAUAAUCUAGUAAAA